UGCCUCAUUUAUGAUCACCUACAUUCCAGCGAUGACCGUCCUAUAUCUUGCGGGUUUUCUCUAAUGCACACUCACUUUUCAAGAAAGUUUAAAUUCAAUUUAAAGAACAUGUUACUGUCGAUUCUGGUAGGUGCUCUAACCCGUAGAAGUCAGUGAACCGUUUCUUUGUUUGUGACGUAUGAACGAUCUAGAGGUAUGUCUAUCGUGAUGGUGCAGACCAUGUGGUUUCCUGCUGUCUCAGCACAUCUCUAUAGCCCAGAGUGAUGUUGGACGUCCCCUAUGCUGACAUGAUUGCCCCAGCUACAAUACAUCAAAAGGAACGACAGCAGAGGCCAGGAGUUGUACUUGGAUGUAAACAGGGUGGCCAUGCUCGGCCCAUCCCCUGGCUGCUAGAAAUGAUGAUGACAAGGAAGAUUAUUUUUAUUAUUAUUAUUGCUGUUGCUGUUUUGAUGUGUGCACGACCAGGUGCAGCUGCAACUAAGACUGAGUAUUUCAUGGAUGACUACAGCGUGUGUUCUCUGACGGGCUACAUAGACAUUCCGUCUGGAGUGACUAUCACCAUUCAUCUUAAAAAACCUGGUGCAUCCAAAAGCCUUCUUACAAAGUGUGCUUUGCGCUUCCGGACAGAGAGUGACAAGGAGCUACUCAGAAUCGAGUACAAGGCAUUUGAAAUUCGUGAUUGUGGAAUAUCUUUUAAAGUGAAUCUGAACAAUUAUCGGUGUAAUGCUAAGCUAAAUGAUGCCAAGCUCUCAACACGAGAAGUGGACAUUGAACUCAGCCGACCCUUGCACGCUGUAAACUAUGGUGGAACCAUUUUAUUAACCACAUAUCAAAGCAAUGACCCAGGACCAAGAGAUGAUUCGGUUUCAAACCCUGCCCUGAUUGGCGUCAUUGUUGGGUCUGUGUGUGGAGUCAUUCUGCUGAUCCUCCUCCUGGCUGUCAUUGGCAUCUGUUGCUACCAGCGGAACAGCUAUCUGAGAGGGGGUCACGCUGAUCCGGUCCUCCGAGAUGGCGACUCCUCCGACAUGGAUAAGUGCUAUAUCAACAACAUGGAGAAGAAUGGAAGCCCUGUGGGUGGGGUUGGCAUGAGUCCUUCACUGCGCUAUACCGAUGUUGUCGAAAAGUUCAGCGACAGCAAGGAAGAGAAGAACAGAGAUGGGCUUGGGGUCAGGAAUGGUGAGAAGCCAUUGGUCGUUGAUGCUUUUGCAACGACUCCAACAAAAUCAAGUGAAUUCAGUUUUGAUACAUCAAACAAAAGCCGGGGUGGAGGAAGUGGAGAUGAGCCUCGGUCCCCUAUGAUUGAAGCUCUGCAGAGUAACCUGAAGUUCCAGGCAUCGUAUCAAUCAACAGAGAAUGAGGCAGAGAAGCGAGCCCAUCGUCUCUCCAGCACCAACAAUGGUGGAGGUGGGAGUGGUGGCAAUGAUGACACACCUCCCACUCCACCACCACCACUACCAGUCAUCUCGGCACCGGUGCCCAAGAUGCGAACCAUGAACUCAACCCAUGCAGGAAUACGGCGUGUGCCUGUACGCACGUCUGCAACCUCCGAUGACAUCAACCUAUUGGAGAGGGAACUGCUUCAUGGGGGUCAGGUACGAGAUGAAGACGGUGAUCCUGGAAUCCAGGUUCUGAAGCCAGAUGUGGUUGGGGGGUUGGCAACAGAGGUUGUCCCAAUCAAAAUUCAGGCAAGUAAACCGAAAGCAGAUGUUGAGAUUGAAGACUUUGACCGAACUGAUCUCACAAAUGAUGACCCUCCUCCUUUCAUAAGAAGUACAAAUUCUAGUACUAGCACAGUCCACUCCCUCCGACCCAAUCGACAUCGCAGUCCCGCAAGCAAAUCAAAGCACCAGGCCCAGCAACAGCAAGGAUCUGCAUCUCGCAACAAAGAUGCAGGACUUAGCAGCUUACGCAAGCGAGGACCAAAGUCCCCUCGUAUCACUACAAAAGGCCGACGUCUUGUGUCAGAAGCUGAAGAAGGGUCUGUGUAUGAUGAUGAACAGAGGGCCGAUACCCCACUCAGUGUUAUGGGUGUGAGGUCUUCAAGGGCCGACGACCUGGAGAGCUUACCACCUCUGCGUCGCUCUGCCUCCAGACAGUCGCUCUUUGCAUCAAGGAGCUCAUUGUACAGUCGACGUGGCAAGAAAGAACGCCGGCCCUCUGUCGCUGAUUCACUUGACUCGUAUGCUCAGGAUGACCUCACACUAUGCAAUUCUGGGGCCCAGACCCAGCCUAUGUCAAGGCAGGAUGCCCGUGCAUUCAAGUCACUGGGCAGCAUCAUUGCACCAACUGCUGCAGAGACUUCAACCAGUGAUCCCAGCUACUCAACUGGUCGAACACGAAAGAAAUCUGUUGGGACCUCAUCUUUGUCACAUGGGAGACAAACACCAAAGAAGUCUACUUCAUCACACAAGUCUUCAAUGUCAACACAGACCAGUGGCCAGAAGAGUACACAGACAGAUAGGGGGGCAGCAAUGAACCAACAACAGCAUGUGCAUCCUGUACCCCUUGCUAAACCCUUGCUCAAAUCAACAGUGAAAUCAGUGCCCCCCAGAAACGUUGGAAAUGGAGGUGCAGAUCACUCUUCUCAGUCUGUUAAGCUUCCACCAGCCUUGUCAAAAUCUUACUUCCAACCCAUAGCCUACAACAACAACACUAACGUUACUGACCCUGGUCUUCCUCCACCCCCACCAACUGAGACAUUGAAGUCAACAAAGUCACCAUGGGAACUACUCUGCGAACUCACAGACACUAACACACACACAUCUCCACCUUCAGAAUCUGGGGUCUCAACACCUGGCCCCAGACUUGAACCCAAUCUUCGUUUCACUGCCCCUUCUGCACAGCUGAUGUCACUGUCGUUGACACCCGGGCCUUAUACAGCCCAAACCACUACCAUUGCCCCUGUGACAUCUCAACCCCUUGCAGGCAACAAUGCGACCUCAACACAUAGCCCUUUUGUUACUACUACAGUGACACCACUAAAUCCAAGCGUGACCCCUACAUCAGCAAGAUACACUCCCUCAUCUCUGGUAGGGUCUGAAAUAUCAUUCUCGUCACACCCACCGAUGACCAUGGACCCCAACUAUGGUACACUUCCCACUCGGAAAUCCUCGUGGGAUGCACUUACAGAACUGGCUGAUAACCAAAUGCCUUCUGCAUCACAUCAAAAUGUAGAGAGCAUUGUAUAAACUAUGUGUAUAAACACUCAUAUAUAUAUAUAUAUAUAUAUAUAUAUAUAUAUAUAUAUAUAUAUAUCUUAUGUCAUUGUUGUUUUAUCAUCUACUUUUCUAUGUUUGCAAAGUUGAAACAAAAUUCCUUGAUAGUGUGUGUGUGUGUGCAUGUACAUGUGCAUACACAUGCAUUCAAUAAUAUAUAUAUAUAUAAGGACAGUAUCUGCUACACAAAUGGGAGGUGCCUAAAUUUAAGGAGUAAAUGACAGGACAAUAUUUGGUUUAACUUUUAAGUAGUUAUAGAUAUUCUCACCAGCUUAAAAUAUCUUUUUUAUAAACCAUAGCAAGACAUAGGACACAUUAACUUCUAUAUUAUCUAAAACUCAAUUAUCAACUUAUUUUUAUUUAAUUUCUUUUAAUACAUAGAUGAAGGUGUAUUAAAACAUAUGUACUUUGACCUAAUUUAGUGUAUAGAGCUCUAUUUCAUCCUGGAACAAAGGUCAAGCUUGAGGUCGGAGACAAAGUAAGUUUUCUAGCCAUAUCAGGUUUCAAUAUCUCCUUUUCACGUUCCUUUUGUAUCUUAAAUCACAGUAAAAUAAAUAUAUAAGCUACCCGUA